AUGCAAAUAGACGGAUUCAAGGAGCGAACAUGGGCAGACUGGAAUGCUGCUGUUUCUAAAUCUGUUAGGGGUUUUUACUACUCUUGCUCACUAAAGCUCACGACGCAAGACUAUGCCAGGUCGAAGUUUCUUGACGCCGUUUCGAAUGAAACGCCUCGCAACAUCGAGGAUCGUCGUCUGCUCACGACUCUGAACGCGUCCUCCUUUACGCUGGUCAAAUGUACUGUCUGUCGUAAGGUGCUGCUACCUGCCUGUCUUCGAGCACACUGCAAGGAAUAUCAUCCGCAAGUCAAGCUAGGCCCGUCAAAUUCGUAUCAUCAUGAAGUACCCUCCACCUCAAAGAACCGAAACUCCUCAUCGUCGAUCAAGGAAGAUCUACAGUCCCACAUUGAUUUAAAGUUGAAAAAGAAUCCCAAGCGUCCAAUAAGCCAAUCCCAAAUUCGGAGCAAACGUCCACGAACAGAGUCGCAUAAAGACGAUCGGGUUAUCAUUCUGCCACGGUCUCAGCCGAUAAUCAUUUAUGGAGAAAUAUCUAGCGACGAAGAAGCUGGUGCUGUCCAGUCUGAUAGUUUGCCUAUUGAAGGCAUCUCCUACAUGUCGCGCCAGGUGAAUCCCAUCGCCUAUCCCCGUUAUGGCUGCUACGGUGACGUUGUGAAGAACUCCGCUAUUCCACCAUUCUCAAGCGCAGCCCGGCAACUUAAUCAGCAUUUGGCACUGAUUGCGCAGCCGAACCCAGUGGUGACAGCUUUUGAAGCUCAGGACUUCAAGGGUAGCUCCCCAAUGACUCCUCUCUCCUAA